AUGAAGGACCAGCUUGAGAGAGACAUGCCUGCCGGCCUAUUGGACAAGGCUAAUGUGCAUUGGGAAGAGGCCCUGAGGCUUGCCUCGCCGCUUCUCUCACGCGUCACUGAGUCAAAUUGUGCCGCACUCUAUCUCUUUGCAACAAUAACUUGCUUGCAUACAUUUGCCCUCGGCCCAUGCCCAGGAGAGCUGCUUAUAUUCAACCAGAAUGGCCCAUCGCACUGGCUGACACUUUUUCGCGGACUUCGGUCAAUCGAGCAAGCAUGUGACUUCGCAAGUGUCCAGAACGAGGAGCUGCGCCCAAUAUUCCCGCUCUCUGGCUUAGGGUUGAACAAAGUUCCAGUCAAAGCCCUCGAUCCAUCCGUCCAAGAAGCUCUAGAGGCUUUAGCAUCCUUCAUAGAUAUCAACAUCACGAAGGAUGACGAGCGGUGCGAGAGCCUGGUGGAAGCUCUCACGCUUCUGCGAAGGUGCUACACAGUGGUGCAUGACGAACCAGCGCAAGUCUCGGCUUACACAGUCUUCAGCUGGUUACAUCGUGUAUCGGAUCAUUACCUGAAACUGGUACAGGCCACUGACCCAGUGGCGCUGCUACUCUUUUCAUACUUUGUAGUGUUGAUCAAGCGAUUGGAGUGUGCCUGGAUGGUAAAAGAUUGGCCGACACAUCUCAUGUCAGAAAUCUACGCUUGCAUGCCACUUGCGAAACGUUUCUGGCUGAGCUGGCCUAUGGAGCAAAUCGGCUGGCUGCCGGCUGAAUGA